AUGAUAGUUUGGAACUACAGAGGAGCAGCGGGAAAAGAUUUUUUCAGGUUUAGAAAAUAUUACAUAGAUAUUUACAAGCCUAAACUCUAUGCUAUUAUGGAGACAAGAUGUGAUCCAGUGAAGUUGCAAACCCCGUUACAAAAGAUGGGAUUUCAUAAAUUCAUUUUGGUGGAGAAUACAGGUUAUGCUGGAGGGAUUAUUGUGGCAUGCACAGAAGAUAAUUUGAAGAUAGAAUUAAUUAGAAAAAGGGAUCAAUCUAUUCACAUGCAGGUUGCUAAUGAUAGAGGGCAAGAGUGGUUAUUUACGGUGGUGUACGCAAGCCCUAAUGAAAUUCUUAGAAAACAAUUAUGGGAGAAUAUGAGAAUGGUUGCUGCAACAAUGGUUAUAUCGUGGCUUGUAGCAGGUGACUUUAAUGACAUAGCUUAUACCAAUGAAAAAAAAGGAGGUGGGCAUGUUUCAACUCGCAAAUGCAGCACUUUUAGGAAUAAUAUGGAGGCCUGCAACCUAUCUGAUCUUAGAGCUAGAGGAUCUAGUUAUACUUGGAGAGGUCCUAUUUAUCACAGUGGGCAACAUAUCUAUGAAAGACUAGAUAGGGAUAUAAGUAAUGAGGAUUGGAGACUAAUGUUCACUGAAGCUCAAGUUAAAGUGCUAACUAGCGUUGACUUUUUUAUCAUCACCCGAUCGUGA